AUGACAGAGGUGUGUAGGGAUUGGAAAGAGAAGACAGUGGCCCUGGGAGCAGAUGGAGCAAAUGUUAUGCUUGGAGAAAUAAGUGGUGUUUAUGGCUUGCUUAAACAAGGAAUUCCUCACAUUAUUAAGGUACACUGCGUUGCACAUAGGUUAGAACUUUCAUUUGCAGACACCUUGUCAGAUGUUCCAGUUCUUAAAGAUGUCAAAGAAAUGCUUCAAGGUAUUUGGAAGCACUAUCAUUAUUCUCCAAAGGCAGUCCGUGAGCUUAAAGAACUAGCUGAGAGUAUGGAAGUGCGAGCAUAUAAGGCAAUCAAAGCAGACGGUACAAGGUGGGUACCACAUAUGCAAAGAGCACUGAAUAUUCUCUUGUCAAAGAACUUUCAAGUUGUAGUUUUGCACUUCCAACAUACCUCACAAGCAAGGGAUGCCAGUAACCAGAUGCAAGGAAGGGCUGUGAAUUACAGCAAAAAAUUCACAAGCUACAAAUUUGUUGCCAUCAUGCAUCUGUUACUUGACAUCGUAGAUGCACUUUCCAAAGUGAGUCUUAGCUUCCAGGAGGAUGGAAUAACAAUCUCAAGAGUUCAAGAUAACUUAACUGCCCUUUUAGCAAAACUUGAAUCUUUCAAGGAAAGACCUGGUCAGCAACUAAACUCUUUCCUUACGGAAGUAGGGGAUGGCAACACAUUUAAGGGCGUAGAGCUUCAAAGGGAUGCAGACAGGCAGGCUAUUAAUGCUAUCCAGGCAUCUGCGGUGAAUGCUGCCAUGACAUUCAUCCAAGAGAGGUUUGAAGGGAUGGAAACAGAUCCAGUAUUGUCAGCAGCAGCUGUCUUGACAAACCACCGAGGUUGGCCAGUUACAGACAGGCAUCGGCUGCUCUUACAUGGCGAAAAUGAAAUCCAGACACUACAUGGUCAUUUUCAGGUACCUCUAGAGCAGCACAACUUCAGCCUGCAUGACUGUCUUGAUGAAUGGAUGAGUCUGAAAUUCCAUGUACAGAGAGCAGAACUUGAACUCAGGCAAAGCGAAUUCUGGAAGAACAAAUUUAUGUUUUGCAAAGAUGAUUAUCCAAACCUGCUAAUUUUAGUGGAAUUAUGUCUUGUAAUUCCUUGCCAGACUGCUUGCUGCGAGCAGGGGAACUCUUGCAUGAACAGAAUCAUGACUGACUGGAGGUCAACCUUGAAUGUUUCUACUAUUGAUGAGUUGAUGAGAAUAGCUAUCAGUGGACCUUCUCAUGAGGACUAUACUGCAGUUCUUGCAGUUGGGCACUGGCUGGAGGAGUCAGAACGGAGCAGACAGCCUACAUUGAUGGACUGA